AAUUCGUAAUGUAAUACCAAUUAUUUCGAAAUAGCUUGAAAAAGUGGUGUCUGCUGCGGGAAUAGAAUCUAGAAUGAAUCAUUUAAAUAGUAUUUCAAAUGACUUCCUCUGUUGAAAUUUGGACAGUGAACAACACUGGACAACAGGUUUUUAGCGUAUCACCAAGGAAUAGCGUCAACACACCAACUACCUCAUAUGCUUCAUCAAAUGAUGCUUUUGAUAUAAAUCUGAAAGAAAAUAAUAAUAAUAAUAAUGUUGUCCCUGUCAAGGAACAGAAAGAUGCCAAAAAGAGUGUAAAUCAAAAAGGUGAAAGUUUUAGGCAAAAACUAGAUAGUUCAGAGUCUGAAGCUGAUUGUGGAAAGUUUGAAGAAGGUACUGGUGAAAACUCCAGCCAGAGAACUUCAGUGUCUGUUUUAUCUGUUGAUGGUGAAGUAGGAAGAUUCAGACUAAGAUCUGUCAGUGAAGUUUCACAGGAGUUUGAUGGUCACGAUAGAAUUUCUUUCAAUGAACAUGUAAUGGCUAGAUUGUCAACUGAGAGGCUGCAAAACUACAGCCAUAACUAUGGAAAGGUUUGCAUGACAGGACUGUUAGGCUGCAGAUGGCACAGGUACAAACAGUCAACAAAAGGUUCCACAAAGUGGGAUGUCGGGUGGUUUAUGUUCCUUAUUCUGGCAUUCCUGUUUGCUGUUUCAUGGUUCUACUUCAUUCUAAUCAUGAAAAAUGAUGAGAUUGACUUCAACAUUUUUAUGUAUGACCAGACAGAAAGCUGGAUCAGUUGGUACACCCUGCUAUUGGCUUGCAUCUCCAUGCUCUUUGCGUAUGUGAUAAUUUUAAUGCUGCUCAGUUUGUGCCAUAUAGGGGCUGGCCAUCAAUUGUAUAUCCACCCGUGCCAGCUAGCGGUCAUUUUCGUCGUACUGAUCGCCUUUGUCGUACUGACUAUUGUGAUUGACCAGCUCUGGUCAGAAGAGUGGGCAGUUGUUUACAUAUCACUACAGAUGUUUGGUCCGUUCCUGCAGAUUGGGGCUGUGGUUGUGAUGACGCUCGCCUCCUGGCUCAUCUCUUUACAGUGGUUCUCCCUCAAUAGUCUAGAAUGGAAGAUAGGCUCCUUGCUGGUUUAUGCAGGGAUAAUGUGUGGUAUAUACGUGUCCCCUCUCUUCAUAUAUUCCCCCUGUGUCAUCCUCGCCGAGAACAUUCCAAAGAAACCUCUUAUAUUUGCUCACAGGGGCGCUGCUGCGCUUGCUCCAGAGAACACUAUGGCUGCUUUUGAUGAGGCAUACAAACAUGGCGCCUAUGGAAUUGAGUUUGAUGUUAGAAUGAGUUUUGAUGGUGUUCCCUACAUAAUGCAUGAUAGCACGCUGAAGCGGACCACGGAUGUAGACGAGGUGUUUCCUGAGUAUUCAGAUAUGGAUGCCUCAUAUUUUAACAGCACAGAUUUGCAGAAACUAAAUGCUGGGAAAUGGUUUAUAGAGCACGGACCGAGUAGUGUAGUGAAUGGUCUGGCAGACGAUGAAAAGGCAAGGUACAACGGGCAGCCCAUUCCCUUCCUAGAGGAUGUUCUUACCCUAGCUACAAAGCGUAAUUUUUCCAUCAUGUUUGAUGUUGGAGGUUCGUUACAACAGAAUCCAUACGUGGAUAAAACAUGGAAAAUUAUAGAUGAUGUGAUCAGGAUGAAAGCAUUUAAUAAAUCAAAAGUAUAUUGUAGUAUUUGUCUAAGCAAUGUGGAUUUUACUACAACUAAGAACUACAAGUGUUUAGGCCAAGAUGAGACCUGGACAGCUGGCACAAUGAAAGCAAACAACAUCUCCUUAGUGAAUCUCCAGCAUAGUCAGUUUGAUAGUGACCUGGCCAGGGAGUACCAAAAGCAUGGCCUUCAGCUGGCAGUAUAUAUUGUGGAUUCAGAAUGGUUGUAUUCUUACUACUGGUGUGCUGGAGUGGACAUGGUCGCCUCAAAUUAUUGCCAUACCUUGGGAAAAAUGUCCUCUCCUAUCUGGCGUAUGUCACCGCGGUUCUAUUUGGCUGUUUGGGUUACUGUAGAUGUCAUAUCAGCUGCAUUGAUCGUUAUAAUGUUCUUCAUUCAGAGGCACAGAAUAUUUGGAAAUCGAUUCCACCCGGAACAAGUCAGCCUCAGUUCCAGUAUGACGAGCCAUUCGAACUGGGGACAUAGGCGCUCACGACGUUCUAUGAAAGAAAAACUACUCAUGAAGGAUAUGCCUAACGAAAUGUUUGAAUUUGAGCCAGAGCAUGAUGCUGACCUUGGAAUUGACAGUACCAGCUAUGAGGCAACCGUCAAUGCCUCUGAAGGUCAAGCUCUUGCACAAUCAUUCCGUAGCAACAGAGCCAGUUGCCAUAGCAACAAUGAGGUUUUUUACAGCAUCAAUAAUGUGGAUACACGUAACAGAGAAAGUCUGGUGAGCGAGGGUGAUAAUGAGGUCUUUCUCAAUGGUAAGAACAGAAACAGCUUUCAUACAUUGGAAAACGGCGAUGUUACAGAAAGAAGUUUAAAAAGAGGCCAGUUUAAAAAUACCGGGACUGCGACUUCCACAAAUACAUAUCAGAGUGAGUCUGAAAUGACUUGACAUUCUGACUCAUUGGAUUUUUGAAGAGAAAGGUUGUUUUAGUUGCCUGCAAUAUGUUGUGUUAAUGUUGUUUUUAUAUUUGUUUCAUGGCCAUAAUAAUUAUUUCAUUAUAGCUUUAUCUUUUUUCUAAAGAAAAAUAGAUUUUUGUUGUUGUUGUUUUUUUUAGUGAAUAUUUAUGUAUUUUCAAUUGACUAUAAAUGUGAAUCGAAAAAGGUACAUUUAGAUAUAUCAAGUCUACUCAGUGAUAGAUAAACGUUUGUUAUUUUGUAACGAAUAAUAAACACUCCAUCAUUUUAUAAGAAUUUAAGUGUGAUGUUUGACAUAUAUAUUGACAUGAUGUCAUUGGCACACAUUCCAUUUACUCAACUUUAGUACAGAGAGGGCUAUCUGACUACAAAGUGUGAUUUUAAAAUUAUAUUAUGUUGUUAGUAAACCAAAUUGACACAAACAUUUGUUGCCUCUAUGAGACUCGAACCUACAACGAAACAUUAUAUGUGUCCUGUGGUUUGGUAGGCUACAAGCUACCUACUGUGCUAUUGAGGAUUACAUAGUUUGAUCUUUGAGACCAGUACUGUCUAAGUUACGUUAUUAAAUGUUUUGCAAGAUGUUAUUUUUGCAAAAAAGCAGUUGUGAUAAUAUUGAAAAUUAUUUUUUUGAUAUGGAGGAUAAUAUUUAAUUUUUAUUUACGAAUGAGCUUGUCAUUCUAUUGUGUGAUUAUGGGAAAUUUGUUUGCAGUCGUUGAAGGCUUUUUUGAAAUUAAUUUUCAGAAUUGAUUUUGUUUCAAUUUUCUGCAGACAUGAAGCCCUUUUGAAUAAUGAGGAAACAACAUUGUGUCACUUUGCAUUUAGAAUUCACAUUUAUGUGUAUCAGUUUGAACUUAAAUGGCUUUUUAUAUUGUUUGCAUUUUAUCUUGAUAUUUUGUUUAUGCCCCUUUUGAAGAAGAUGGGAAUAUAGGUUUGCAAAUAUCGGUUGGUCAGUCUGUUGGAUGGUCGGUCUGUCUGUCGGUCAGUAGACUAUGUUUUGUCUACACAAUUACUCAGAAUGAUACGAAAUAGGUCCAUGAAACUUCACCAGUAGGUUGCUCUUUACCUGUAGAUGACUCCUAGUUUUUAUGGUCAGUAGGUCAAAGUGGAAGUUCACUGUAAAAAUUUUUUUUUAAUAACUACAGGCACAUAACUGAAGAACUGUUUGGCUAAGACCAUAACACUCAACCAGUAAUUGUGCUUGACCAGUAGAUUAAUCCUAUUGUUUUGGGGUUAGUAGGUCAAAGAUCCAGGUCACAAUCAUCAUUUUUUUUAAAAACAAUCCGCAGAAAAUAACCACUAGAUUGUUUGACAUACUAGGACCUCAAAACUCAACCAGUUUGAUGCCCUUUGAUGACCCAAAUUGUAGGUCACAGUCUUUUUUUUAAGAACAUUUUAACACACAAAACUAGACAAUAGUCUAAUGAAUGACCAUGAAACUCCACCAGUAGAUAGUGUUUAAUUAUCAGAUUAUCUCUAUAGUUUUUAGGGCCAACAGGUCAAAGGUCAAGGCCUAAGUUAUAUUUUUUCUUGAAUUUUCUUGUCACAAUUAGUCUAGAGCAGAAUAUGUAUAAUCUUGAAACCAUACAACUUUGUUGCCCUUGCUAAGUUGUUGACUCCGGUUGUUUUCGGACUAGUAGGUCAGAGGUGAAGGUCACAGUCACAACACCGGUCUGUUGCCUUUAAACCUUUUAGAGCCAGCAGGUCAUGUACUUUUUAUACUGUUUUGCUUGAAAUGUACUUAGAGCUUGCAUGCGUUGUCAUUGAGAUGAUACUGAUCUUGCACGUACAAGUAUAAAGCUUGCAUUAUUUUGCUGUGAUAUUUACUGUAGCAAGUUAUUCUUAUAUAUAUACAUUACUCAAAUAUUUAUUGGUGCAAUUAAUCACAUGUCUAAGAAUAAUUCGCGCUAUUGUUAUGUUUCAACCAUCACCUACUUACAGUUUGCCCUAUAUAGCUGAAUUGUUAUCAUAUGCUUAAAUCUCAGAAAAUAUGACUCUAUAAGGUAUAUGUUGUCAGUCGAUAUAUACAAGAGUUUAGGCACGCUGCUAGAACGUGUACGUGCAUAUUGUACGGAUACAUGUAUGUGUGGACUACUUUUUGUGUACUGUGUCAUAAAGAAAUAUGUACAAUGUACAGCUAUAAAAUCGAAAUCAAGAAUGCCAGUUUAUACAAAUGUACCGCUGUGUAUACUACUACGAAUGCAAGUUCAGGAAAUAUUUCAAGAACAAUUCUUUUAAACACAACUACAACUCGAAACUAAAAUGUACUUGUAGCUGGAUUUUACCAUCAUGUACAUAUGGUUUUAGCCAGGAUGUAAAUAGAACAGGGUGCUGCAGGAAAGGGAAAGGGUGCUUAGGAUAAAAAGGGCAUAUUCAAUCGGGCUAUAAAGAAAUUGAAUGUAAUGAAUAUGACAGACGUUUUAGAAAUUGUGUUUAAUGGAAGAUAGAUCAGGUUUCAACGGCCAGAUAUGUAUGUUGUGUUUGUAUUUAUAAUACUACUAUAAGUUUUAAACAAUACAAAAGAAACAUUUGAUUAUCUUGAUUAUUUAAUUUUAAGAAGGCAGAAGGGUGCCCAUGCUGGUCUCCAUGAGGACAGAAGGGUACCCAUGCUGGUCUCCAUGAGGACAGAAGGGUGCCCAUGCUGGACUCCAUGUAUACAGAAGGGUGCCCAUGCUGGUCUCCAUGAGGACAGAAGGGUACUAAUGAAAAGGGGCAGGGUUCAGCACCCUUCCAUUGCCCUUCAGCUAAAACCAUACGUACAUAUACACAUACAAAUGGUGUUAUGUAACCUCGCCAAUACAAUGAUGUCAGUACCCAUUCUCCAGGAUCUACUUACACUACAACCAUUAGACAUGUUUUUAGCCUACUAUUGUUUUAAAAAAAAAAGUGCAAGCAAAAUAUA